AUGUCAAGUAUUGCGUCUCCUCUACUACCAUCAUACCGAUUUAUCGAAUUAGAGGUAUUCGAAGAAGAAUGUGAUUCUGAAUCAGGAAAUAAAACGUAUAUAUUCUACAAUGUACAUCGUUGUAUGGGAUCCAUUUUACCAUUAUUAAUAACAUUCUUAUGGCUAUAUUCACAUGUUGCAUUGUUAAUUUGGAAACGUACUCGAAUACCAAAACCAACCGAUGAUCGUUUAGUUGAAAGUUCGACAACAGAUACCACCAAUAUCGGUACGGUCGAUUGUCGAAAACAAUUGCCGAAUAAUAAUUGCAUCACAAAUAAUUGCCGAAUUCAUCCACAUCAAAAUGUUUUCGUAAUGAAUAAACAAAGUUUAGAACGUAAAUUACGCACAUUUAAAGUGAUUCUAAUUUUAAUGUGUGUUUUCUUUAUUUGUCGAUUACCAACAUGGUUGUUUAUGGUAAUCAAGCAAUCAAUGUUAUUGAAUAAAAAUAUCCAUUGGUUUUUAUAA